AUGGGUGUACCUACAACUACCGUCGGCACCUACGAUGCCGCCCUACAGCGACGUCAAGCCCUUAUGGGUGCCAGUGGUGCCAGGGCUCUUGUGAAGAACUUCAAAGUAUUCCGAAUUGCCGCAUUUGCAUGUAUUGGUGGCAUUCUCUAUGGUUACAACCAGGGAAUGUUUUCAGGCAUUCUCGUCAUGCCUGCAUUCGAGAGACAUAUGGGAGAUUAUGUCGCCAACCCGACAAAGAAGGGUUGGCUCACGUCUAUUCUGGAGCUCGGUGCCUGGUUUGGAACGCUCAUGUCUGGUGCUAUUGCAGAGCUUUGCUCGCGUAAAUACGGAAUCCUCAUUGCGACCAGUGUCUUUAUCGUCGGCGUUGUUGUUCAGGCUACAGCUAUCCAAGCUGGUUACCAAGUCAUUCUAGCUGGACGUUUCAUCACUGGCUGCCACUUCAUCGGCGGAACUGGUGACACACAGUCAGAUGCAGCCUGGUUGAUUCCCAUCUGUCUUCAACUGGCACCUGCAUUUAUCUUGUUCGCCGGAAUGGCGUGGAUGCCCUUCUCCCCUCGAUGGCUGGCGCAUCACAACAGAGAGGAAGAGGCCCGACAGGUUCUAGCCGACCUCCGAGAUCUUCCCACUGACCACGAACUCAUCGAAUUGGAAUUCCUCGAGAUCAAGGCCCAGUCUCUCUUUGAGAAGCGAAGUUUGGCUGAGAAGUUCCCUCAUCUGCAAGCACAAACCGCUGCGAACACUUUCAAGCUCCAAUUUGUCGCCAUUGGAUCUCUCUUUAAGACCAAGGCUAUGUUUAAGCGUGUUAUCGUUGCAACAGUCACCAUGUUCUUCCAGCAAUGGACAGGAAUCAACGCCGUUCUUUACUACGCCCCUCAGAUCUUCGGACAACUUGGCCUUAGCAGUAACACGACCAGUCUGCUCGCUACCGGUGUUGUUGGCAUUGUCAUGUUUAUUGCUACUGUCCCCGCUGUUCUUUGGAUCGAUCGUCUGGGACGUAAGCCCGUCCUAGCUGUUGGUGCCAUUGGUAUGGGAGCUUGUCACUUGAUUAUUGCCGUAAUUCUUGCCAAGAACAUUAACAACUUCGAAAACAACCAAGCUGCUGGAUGGGGCGCCAUUUGCAUGGUUUGGCUAUUUGUUGUCCACUUUGGAUACUCCUGGGGUCCAUGUGCAUGGAUUAUCAUCGCCGAGAUUUGGCCUCUUAGCACCCGACCUUACGGUACCUCUCUUGGUGCCUCGAGUAACUGGAUGAACAACUUUAUUGUUGGUCAAGUUACUCCCGAAAUGUUGGAAGGCAUCACAUACGGAACUUACAUCCUCUUCGGAUUGUUGACCUGGAUCGGUGCCGCCUUCAUCUGGUUCGUCGUUCCAGAGACCAAGCGUCUGUCCCUCGAGGAAAUGGACACCAUCUUUGGAUCUGAGGGAACUGCUCUGGCUGAUAAUGAGCGAAUGGCCGAGAUCAACCGUGAGAUUGGACUCGACAACAUCAUAUACCGCGAGUAG